AUGCGACAGCAAGAAACCCUGCUGCAGCUUCUGCUCAGCAAGAAGCGCCAAUGUGUGUACAGAGUCCAGAGCCCUAAGACAAGGCUUGUCAGCAUUGCGCUCGGAAAGGAAGAGCUCGCGGACAUCAUUCGUAGUCUCAAAAGUGUUUCUCCUAGGGAAGCCACAACGUUGUUAAGCACCAUCACACUCUCCGACGAGGGUACUGUCCAACAGCCCGGGUCUUCGACUAAUAAUCCAUCACCAUCUGCCACUGUUCCGAAAUUCUCUCCGGACCACUCAGCGAGUGGAGAGGACUCGCGAGGCCGCAACUCAACCGAUAGCGACACCUUUGAUAUGUCUCCAUUUCUCUCACUGGGCGACCAGGGAAACUUAGAUUCCUUUAAGCCCUCGUCUGCGUUGCAGGCGGUGACAAGACCGCCAGGACAGGCCCUGGCUCCCGACGACUUGGCUCACGUCCAGAACAAGCUCAUUGCAAAUGCUGUUCUCAGCCGACAGCGGGAGCAUGAAAUCUACUCCUGUCUGGUAGAAAUGGACGGCGCCCCAGUUGAGCUGGCCAUACACCUGCUCAAUCUUCACUGGACUCGGCAGCAUCACACCUUCUUGCUGACCUACCGACCAGUCAUCAUGCCGGAUGUACUUCAAGGAGGACCCUUUGCCUCCAAAUUCCUGCUGAACGCCAUCUUCGCUUGUUCGGCCAAGUUCUCAACCUGGCCAGAGAUUCGAGACGACCCAAAUGAUCUACUGACGGCCGGUGGUCAAUACUUACGCCGCUGCGAUGAGCUUCUACGGGAAGGGCUGCUUGUUGAGCCCAGCAUGCCUAUCAUCAUCGGCCUCCUUCUUCUAGGAUCCACAUUCAACGCCCAGGGCAAAACCUCGAAAGGCUGGCUCUAUACGGGCUACGCGCUGCGGAUGCUCUAUGACCUUGGGUUACAGACAGAUCGGAAGGCUACCUUCGAGAAUGCGGAGGAGAUUGAGCUGCGUUGCCGUGACUUUUGGGGAGCCUUCAUCUGCGACAAACUGCAGAGCCUAUACAUGGGCCGACCCAUUGCGAUUCACUUGCGGGACGCAUGUGUCUCACCUCAGCUGCUUGAUACGCUGAAGGAGAACGAGCCGUGGGUCCGUACAUGGAUCACAGUUCGACCGGAGCUCUCCAAGAUUAUGACCCAGAUCAUCAACAAAUCUUAUGUCAUUAACGCCGCACCUUCGUCAGCCAGAGCCAGUCUUGAGGGGACCGACACGUCAAUGGGUCGAUGGAAAUCGAGGUUGCCCUCCGAAGUGCAGUUUGACCCGCUCUCUGACUUCUCAAAGUCUGUCCAAUGCUAUGCUCCCAACGUUCUAAACCUCCAUUGUAUCUACCAUGCUCUAGUUGUCCUCUUGCAUCGUCCAUUUGUGGCUGUUGGCCACUUGAGAGCUGCAGCGGGACAGACGAACUCAUGGAAGAACUACGCUCUGUUUGUGGCAUGCACCAUCCACGCCCGCAACGCUGCCGCCUUUGACAGUACAAUGGGCUUCGAGCACUCGUAUUUGUUGCAUUCAAGCCUCAAGUGUCUCGAAGACCUCACAAUACCCAACGCGGGAGUCUCUCGGCCCAUUAAUAUCAUCCGAAGGCCCAUGACUAGGAUGGGAGUAUCCCAAGGCACUCCUUCGGUCUAUGAUAGCCUGGCCAUCUCAUAUCCUUCCAACAACGUGGAUAAUGCUGAAGACCAGAAUUCGGCGAGCUGCCAAGCCAUUUCGUUGCUGACCAGUACAGCUCAAAACACCGAUACCAGGACUAACAAUCCCCAAGGUGACCCUCAGCAACGGUUUCUCACUAUGGCGAACUGGUCGCCGAGUAGGGACAUGUUCCAAAACGAUCUCCUCUACGGCUUCGUGGACGAAAACUCUGACCACUUUGAAAUGUCCUUCACCUUCAAUUGCCGUGGCAAUCCGACAACGAAAUGA